AUGAUUCUGGAUCUUUUCCUUGAGCACCCAUGGGCGUACCUGACAGCUGCCGUCGUGGGACUACUUGUGACGAAGCUCCUCGUCAACAAGUACGGUAAUGGCUUGAACGGAAUCCCCGGACCAGCUUUGGCGUCCUUCACUGAUCUCUGGCGCUUUCUCGACGUGUAUAGAAGGCGACCAGAAGUGACGCAGAUUGCUCUACAUGAGAAGUACGGCACCGUCGUGAGACUCGGUCCCAACACAGUAUCGAUCGCGGAUCCAGCUGCUAUACAGACAAUCUACGCUCACAACUCGGGAUAUACCAAGUCAGAUUUCUAUCCGGUGCAGCAGACCAUCAACAAGAGUGGCAAGAGACUCAUCACCCUCUUCACCUCACAAGAUGAAAAGUUCCACUCACAGCUUCGACGUUCUGUAUCAAAUGCUUAUGCCAUGAGCACUCUCGUUCAGUUCGAACCAUUCGUCGACUCCACUACCACCGAGUUCUUCAAACAACUUGAUCAACGAUAUGCCAACCAAAACGACGUACUUGACUUUGGAACAUGGCUACAGUACUAUGCCUUCGACGUCAUCGGGGAGCUAACAUACUCCAAGAGACUAGGCUUUGUGGACCAUGGAAAAGACGUGGAUAAUACUAUUGGGAAUCUUGAAUGGUUGCUCAACUAUGCAGCACCUGUCGGACAACUGCCAAUCCUCGAUAGCUUACUCCUCAAGAACCCAUUAAGGCUACAGCUUACAAAAUGGGGCUUCACAAACUCAUCAUCACCCGUGGCCAUCUUCGCGCGCAACCGAAUGCUCGCCCGCGUUGAUCCCGAAAAGCUAGGCGACAUGAAGUUUGACCAAGACAAUGGCCGCCGAGACUUUCUCUCACGCUUCCUCGAAGCCAACCAGAAAGACCCGGAGUUCAUGAAUAACGAUCGAGUGCUCGCUCUGACUGUAGCAAAUAUGUUUGCAGGCUCUGAUACAACAGCGAUCACUUUCCGAGCUAUCUUUUAUUAUCUCAUGAAGAACCCCGCUGAUAUGAAGACUUUGAUGGCUGAGCUUGCAGAGGAAGAAAAAGCCGGCCGAUUUGCCCGCGAAGAUGGCCUUGUCAGUUGGAACGAAGUCCGAGACCUCCCUUUCCUCAACGCUGUUGUCAAAGAAGCUCUUAGAUGCCAUCCCGCUGCAGGUCUCAUGCUAGAGCGUAUUGUCCCCGCACGAGGCCUCGACGUCAACGGCCAUCAUAUCCCCGGUGGCACCAUUGUUGGAGUCAACGCUUGGGUUCUACAUCGCAACAAGGAUAUUUUCGGACAUGAUGCAGAUCGAUGGAGACCUUCGAGAUGGAUUGAAGCUUCGACUGAGCAGAAGAGACGGAUGGAGAACUAUAUGUUUGCAUUUGGUGCGGGUUCGAGGACUUGCAUUGGAAAGAACAUCAGCUUGUUGGAGAUGUACAAGAUGGUACCGGCUUUAUUGAGACGAUACGAGGUAAGUUUCAGUGUCGAUUGAAGUGCCCUUUACUGAGACGUUGGGUCUAGCUUGAGUUCCCGUCGGCGGAUAACACAUGGCAUUUGAACAAUGCAUGGUUCGUGAAACAGAGCAACUUUAAUGUUCGGCUUAGGCGGAAGCACAAACUAUCAUUUCUUCCAGACGAGAGACAAGAUUGAGCUACUACGGAAGUAAGGGAUCAUCCAAUUGAUAGCGUGAUGUACAUAAAGCUAUUCUUAAGAGAACAUUC